CGCUGCAGCCGACCCCCGGCGCCUCCCCUCUCGGAUCGUGGCCCUGCGAGGAGCGAGGCCCCGAGCAGCGCGGCGAGGGGCGUGGACCGUCGCGUCCGAACGCGGGCAGCAUCUCAUCACCCCACCGCGGGGCUCCCCGCGCGCGGAGCUGCUGGAACAUGAGCGCGGAGCUGCAGCUUGUCUGACGGUUUGCUGGACUAUGUUGACACUUCUGGUUCUGCUCGGUCAACUGCCCAGAGUUACCGUCGCGUUUCCUCAUUGCACAAGAAGACCGCAGGAGCCCAGGCAUGCCGGAGAAAUCUUCACAUCAAAAGAAGAAGCAAGCCUUUUCAUACAUAGACGUCUUCUAUAUAACAGAUUUGAUUUGGAGCUCUUCACUCCCGGUGACCUAGAAAGAGAGUGUAUGGAAGAACUUUGUAAUUAUGAGGAAGCCAGAGAAAUUUUUGUGGAUGAAGAUAAAACGAUGAAAUUUUGGCAAGACUAUUCAACGAAAGGACCCACCACAAAAACCGAUGAAAACAGAGAGAAAAUUGAUGUUAUGGGCAUUCUCACUGGCCUAAUUGCUGCUGGAGUAUUUUUGGUCAUUUUUGGAUUACUUGGUUAUUAUCUUUGUAUUACUAAAUGUAACAGACAACAACAUCUAGGUUCUCCGACUGCCUACGUGAGAAGGGACAGACAUGCCCCCACCAUCAUUUUUAGAAGACCCGAAGAGGCUUUAUUGAACAUACCACCACCUUCAGUGGAGGACUCAGGACUCCCUUCUUAUGAACAAGCAGUGGCACUCACCAGAAAACACAAUGCUUCGCCACCACCACCAUAUCCUGGGCCAGCAAAAGAGUUUAGGGUGUUUAAAAAGUCUAUGUCUCUCCCAUCUCAUUAAGCCAAUCUCAUUAUGCUUUGGUGGAAGAGAACAUUCCACCAAGAAGAGGAUAUUCGUGUUAUGUGAAUGCAUUAUUUCCCCUGGAUCAAAAAGGGGACAUCACUUUCAGACUUUUAUGACACACUGCAGGGAAUAAAGGAGGAAUAAUCAUGCGUCUUACACACUCCAGAAUGUUUCUCACACCCUGUACCUGAGCGAGCUGGAGCAAUAGUACAGUGAGUACUAUUUGACUUGCAUGCAAUGGACUCAAGGUUUGAUCCCUGGCAUCCCAGAUGAUCCUCAAGCCCUGUCAGGAAUGAUCUCUGAGUACAGGGCUAAGGAGUAAGCCCUAAGCACCACUGGGUUUGGCCCAAAAUUUUUUUAAAGAAAAAUGAGGACAAACCCUUCUGGGGCUGGGGUGAUGACUCCAAGAGCACAUGUUAUGCAUCUGGCAGACUCCGUUUAAUCCUGGCUCCAUAUGGUCCUCUGAGCACCUCUGGAAUGAUCCUCAUACACUGAACUGGGAGUAGCCCUCAGUAACACUAGGUGUGUCCCUCCAGCUCUGCCCUCAAAAAAAAAUGAAAAAAGAAAAAGAAAGAAAGAAAGGAAGGAAGGAAGGAAGAAAGGAAGGAAGGAAGGAAGAGCACUUUUGAGACCUGGGAAUUCAGGAAAAGCAGCCUACCUUGCUGGUAUGAAGCCUUGAGUUUGAUCUGCAGCAACACCCACAUGCUGAGUUCAGUCCAGUCAGCAUGCUGUGUGGAUUUCCUGUGUCACAAAAAAAGUGUAUGAACUCUGGUACACCACAAGCCAGUGUGUAAGAGCACAGAGAUGAAAGUGUAAGUGCAUUGCAACCAAGUAUGCAAUCCCCAUUAGCAAAUCAACAGCAAAAGGAAAGGAAGGGGAGGAAGAAAGAGUGAUUUUUUUGUUUAUGUUAACUUUUGUUUUUAAGUGUUGAGCCAAAGAGAUAGUCAAGGAAUAAGGCACUUGCUUUGCAUGCAGGUGAUGCUGGGUCAGUCUCCAGCACUGCAUAGGGUCCCCUGAGCACUACCAGGAGUACGCGCUGAACACUGCCAGGUGUAGCCCCAAAACAAAACAGACAAAAAUAUCCAUUUUAGGGAUGAUAUGGCUAAAACUGGCAAACUGUGCAUGAAUUUUUUUGUGUGAAAUCAAAGUUCCAGAUUUUUUUAUACUGAGUAUUAAAGAAUUAGAGUUUCUAAUUAUUAUAUAAUCUCAAGUCAUAAUAUUGGGAUCCACUCUUUAUAAACUUUCACUUUAAGUAUAAGAACGUCAAAGAAUUUAACAUUUCAGUAUAAAUUUGUGACUUGAUAUAACCACUUUGUUUUAUAUGUGUGUAUUAUUUCAGUGCUAAAGAUUGAACCAGAUUGAACUCAGUCCCUCACACAUGCAAAGAUAGUGUUCUACCAUUCCCAUGGUGAACUAAAUCCCCAUCUCCUAUAUUUCAAAUUAUUUCUUAGCACUUACCACAUUUUUAGGUUUUACUGCUAAUUUGUACUACCAGUCAUGUUUUAUUAUGGGUGAGUGGUUUAAAAAAAAAAACAACUGAGCAGCCAAAGAGAUAGUAUAAGUGCAGAUAAGGUACUUGCCAUGGGCACAGCCAUCCUGGCAUCAAUUGUCAUCACCACAUGUGGUCUCCCAAGAACCACCAGGAAUAAUCCCUGAACUCCCUGGUGUGAACCAGUACCCAUACCACCACUCCCACUUCUUCCCUCCACCUAAAAAACACCUCUUAUGAGAGCUCUCACUCUUUCUGUUGCCCUGAGUGAGGCCAGAACCAUAAACCAUGUUGAAGCUAUGCUGAGUCUCUUGGGAUCUCAGGAGCCCAGACCACAGGUGUGUGAUCUGGAUCAUCAUGUAGGCAGGACAGGACAUGUCCAGGCUUCCACUAGACCUCAUUCUGGGCCAGCAAGACCUUUCCAUCAACAACUUCUGUGAAGUGGUCAAUAAGAAGAGCAGAGAUAAAGAAUAUCAAAGAAGAUAACUUUCCUGCUUACCAAGAUUUUUGUGCUGCCUGAAAGGACAUUUGGAAUAAAAUUUGGGAAAUCUAUUGUUUCCUGUUUCUUGAGGGUACCUGCUGGGAUUGAGCUGAGACUCUGUUAAAAUCAAACCAUCUUACUUGUUUUUGUUUUUGUUUUAGUUUUUUGCAGAGUCGGGUAUGUGCAGAGAAGGCACACCUAGCUGUGCUGAGGGUUUACUCCUGGCUCUGUGCUCAGGGAUCACUCCUGGUGGAACUCAGAGACCAUAUGGAGUGCUAAGAUCAAACCCAGGUCAGCCACAUGCAAGACAAAAUGCCCUACCUGCUUUACUGUCUCUCCAGCCCCUAAAACCAAAAUCAUCUUAAAUCAGAUAAAUCCCAAGCACAAAAAAUUGUAAAUCUACAACUGUACCUCAUGGUGUUUCACUAAUAAAAAAAAAAAAAAGAUCAGUGGGAUACAAGGGAAGUAGCUCAACCUCUGUAUUACAUACCUGACCCUUUAAUUAUCUCAUAUAAAGAACAAUGAACUUUGAAAAAAAAAUCAGAUAAAAACAAGACCUCAAUCCUUUCAGAUGUCAAGGACUCCCAUUUUAGAUUCUCAGAGACUGUUUAUUUAUUGAAAACAAAUCAUCUGACAGCCUUAAGAUGGAAU